AUGAUAGACUCCGAAAACCUGCGAACAGCCUCGCUGUACAUUAACAACCAGCUGCUAUGUCGAGGACUGCUACGCGAUGGCCGACCCAUCGAAUUCGCAGACCCGGGCUACAACGAGCAUGACCUCGCAGACACCAUGGGAAGGAUCAUGGGCGUGGUGAACGACCUGAUCUUGCGCCGCGAUCGCGACGCCGAGCACCGCGAAGCCCUCUCCACGACCCUGCGCUCCGUCCGCGCCGACUCGCUCCGCCAAUCCGACAACCUCUCGCGGCUGCACGAAAAGUACACAGAGGCAGAGCGGAAGGUCGCCCUGCACGAGGCCGAAGGAGCGGCCCUGCGCUCGCAGCUGAAGGCCGCCGAAACGACCGUCCAGAAGCUGAAAGACGAGGCCAUUCGGGCGAAGAGGCUUGUCGCCGAGACGAGGGCCGCCUGCGCGAACGAGGUGCGCAAGCGGGACAGGCAGAUCGACGGCCUAAAGAAGGCCGUCACGGACGCCGGCCGCGCCAGGGGCGAGCGCAAGGGCAACAGCAUCACGACGAUCCACGUAGCGGGCGACGUCGGCGCAGAGAUCGUCAACGUCGGAGCGUCGACCAUGGAUGAGGGCUACAACCUGCGCCACGAGACGAACGGGUUCCUGGCGCAGCUGGCCAAGGGCCUGAGUGAGGAGAACGAGGCCCUCCUCUCGCUGAUCGGCAAGACGGGCGACAGCCUGAAGGAGAUGAGUGGCUGGGACAAGCAGGAGGGUGCUGGCAAGAAGGGGGAUAGCAAUGCGGUUGUGCUAGUCACGAGCCCCGAGGACAUGGCUAAUGACAUGUCCAGCGUGCUCGAGCAUCUUCGGACCAUGCUCACCAACCCAUCGUUUGUGCCACUCGAGGAGGUCGUCGUCCGGGAGGAAGAGAUCUUCCGUCUGCGUGAUGGCUGGGAGAAGAUGGAGACCCGGUGGAGGGAUGCUGUGCAUCUCAUCGACAGCUGGCGCCGUAGAAUGGCUGCCGGCGGGCCUGCGGUCGACAUGGAGGACUUGAAGAUGGGACUGCGUCUCAGCCCAGUCCGGAUUCAGAAUAUGGGGCAAACUGGCCAGAACGAUCCCUUCCAGCUAUCGACUCUUGAAGAGGAGGAAGAAGAAGAGGAGGAGGAGGAGCAGAGGAUGGGAGACGAAGAAGAGGACGAAGAGGAAGAAUAUGCAGAGGAAGGAGACGAAAUGGACUUCAAGCCAGCAGAGGCUCUGAGCCGUGAAGGAUCACUGCAUCUGGUUCCUGCUCCUGGCUAUGAGGACAUGGUGCCUGAAUACGAAGAAGGCCAAGACAAUGUCGACGACAGCGAUGCGGCAUCAAGCAUAUUCCAAGACGACGUUGAAGAUAUCGAUAUGGACGAGUUGCAAGCAUCGGAGCCGAACAUUGAGAUUCUGCAGCACUCUACCGGGCUAACAGACGACACCAACUCCAUGACACUCCCGCCACCGCCAAGGAUCACACCUCUCGAAGAAACAAUCACAUCUGGCAACCGCAAACCAUCGGCGAGGCUGACCGAGAAAUCCAAGAAACGGUCGUCAGAGCUCAUGCGAGAGACUGCUACUGACAGUGCCAAGGCACCGCCGCCACCGCCUCAUCGCGUUAAGGAGGGCGAGUCACCGCAAAAGAGGCUGAAGGUCUCCGCAGAUGCACAGAAUGACAAGCCCAGGUCGCGGCCAAACUCUGCCAUCUUCACUGAGCCCGCAACCUCACAGGACAGCCAUAUCCAGGCGAAAGCCACCCCCGAGUCUUCAGUCUCUAAAGCCUCGAACAAGACCAUUGUGAAGUCUGCACGGUCUGAUGCAUCAGCUAAGAAAGAUACACCAACGCAGAGCAAGCCUUCCACGAGAGCCACUCGGGCUGCCCAGGCCCAGGAGAAGAAAGAUACCCCAACGAGAACAAUCACCCGGCAAAAGUCCACCAGAGCCAUCGCUGCCACGAAUGCUUCAUCUGCGCGAUCCGCCGCUUCAAAGAACGAGAGCACCAAGGCACGAGCCCCUCCAGCACCAGUCAGCAGCAGAGCGGAAAUGCCUCCUCCGCCUCGACCAAGCAAAUCCACUCCAAUCAACGACAGGCCCUUACGGCCCCCGCCACCACAGCACGACGAGAAGAAGUCAUCGCCAAGAGAGAAACAGCAGCCCGCACCCAUCAAUACCCCAGCUCCUACCGAGUCGUCAUCCUCCGCCAAACGUGCCCCAGAGUCACCAAGCCGGUCCCCAGGGAAAUCCGGCUCCCGCCUGCCACUCCCCCGGAACGCAGCCCCGGCACCGCAGCAGUCGCCCCUGACCAUGGCCCGCAUAGCCGCUAAGCUCGCAGCUUCAGAGCGCGAGGCCGACGCCGCCCGCGUAAGGGCCAAGCUGAGGGCGGCGCGCCUGAACAAGGGCAGCAACGGCAGCAGCAGCGCGACGAGCCUCGCGCCAUCUGGGGGCUCGACGUCCACAGUGGCGAGCUCGCGCGUGCCGAGCGGCAGCAGCAACGUCAGUGGAGGAGACCCGACCAAGAAGGACCGCGUCGUGUCCGCCGAGUCGGCCACAACUGGCAUGAGCGGCAGCGGGGCGAGCUACAGCAUGGACGAGAACGGGCAGCGGGGCGGGGUGUCGGUGCUCGGUAGCGACGUCAACAACGAUGAGGACAACGACAACAACAACGACCACAGCCCAGACGACAGCGACGACGACCGCAAGACCGUCGUCCCGUCGCCGCGGAAGGGGGCCCCAUCGGCGUCGCCCAGGAAGAACGCGAGCGCGACUGGACCGACCAAGGCGUCAGCUGCAGCUGCUAGCCCGGCCAAGCCUGCCGCUCGGAAGCGCGAGGUGCGCAGCAGGGCGGCCAAGGCUGCGAACCGCCGGCGGAGCACGCUCAGCCCGUGGGAGCUGCAGAGCCUGAUUGCUGGUGAGGUCGUGCCGCCCACGCCCAAAGGCGCUUCGCAGCAGACCCAGUAG